AUGCCGCGCCUCAUCGAAGUCAUCUGCAACGACCGUCUCGGGCGCAAGGUGCGCGUCAAGUGCUCGCCCGACGACACCAUCGGCGACCUCAAGAAGAUGAUCGCCGCACAGACGGGCACCGUGCCCGAGAAGAUCCAGCUGAAGAAGUGGUACACCGUGUUCAAGGACCACAUCACGCUCAGCGACUGUGAGUGGCGCGUGGUGCACGUGUGCAGGCGGUGGUGCUGA